AUGCUCUUCACUUCAAUCCUCGCCGCUUCUCUGGCAACCUUGCCCGCAGUCAGUGCCUACCCCAUCACAGGGGAUACCGUCAACUGUCGCUCAGGCCCAGGAACCAACUACGACGUCGUGAAAAGCUACAAAAGCGGCGAAGAUAUCAAAAUCGUCUGCCAAGCCUCCGGCACCGACGUCAAGGGCGACAGCCUCUGGGACAAAACCUCAGAUAACUGCUACGUGACCGAUUACUACGUCAAGACCGGUAGCACCAGCUACGUCGCCGACAAGUGCGACGCCAGUGGUGGCGGCGGUAAUGGUGGUGGUAGUGGUGGUGGCAGCGGAGAUGGCAGCUCAAUCGUCAAGGCCGCAGAGAAAGAAAAAGGACUCCCCUACGUCUGGGGCGGCGGCAACUAUAACGGACCAACAGGUGGAGGAUUUGACUGCUCCGGUCUGACUCAGUAUGCGCUUUACCAGUCGCUGCAUAAGAAGAUUCCGCGCACGGCGCAGACGCAGUACGAUGCGACUAGUAUUGGGAAGAGGUACCCGCGAUCGCAGGCCAAGGAAGGCGAUUUGCUUUUCUGGGCUGAGGGGGGUAAUUGCAAGUCUGGGGUUUCGCAUGUGGGUAUUUAUAUUAAGAAGGAUCUUAUGAUUAAUGCGGCGCAUACUGGGACUCCGGUGCGGGAACAGUCGAUUUGGACUUCUUAUGGUGGGGAGAGUAUUUGUGAUUAUGUUAUGAGAUUUUGGUAG